AUGACUGCCUCGAUUUUGAUGGGAAUGACUUGUCGACUGCCGAAGAGAGCCUCGGGAUUGCUCAAGUUUGGGAAAAAGGCUGUCGAGGCGACCGCUUUUCUCCGCUUCAACGCCAACAACUCGCCCACAUCCAUUGAACACAUCAUCUUCUAUUGCACUACUUUGGAAAGUGGUGGCUCAAUGGAGAUUCUCAUCAAUGAACACAAAUUCGCGAUUCGACUCGAUCUUGCUUUUAAGAUCAUUUUCAUUGAAUUAAGAGCCGCUGAAGCGUUGGGUUAUUCGGGAAGUUCACUGAUUGACACAUCUCUCUACGAGUUGAUCCCAAAUGAAGAUGUUGGAUCGAUUCAACAAGCGCACAAGAAAUUACUGAUCGAUGAAACCGCUCAAUCUUCUACCCCGAUUUUGGCUUUGUUGAAAGCCGGUGGUGGAACACUGAGCGUUCUCAUUCAUUUCUUGCGUCACGAUGCGAAAAGGCGUGAACACUCGACAGUAACCGCUAUUUGCUCGAUUGUUGGCAACGAGAUCGACUCGGCUUUACUCUCAGUGAUUCAAACGCGUCCGAAAUGGAGUUCGGGUGAUUGGUGGACGGAUGGAGCGCCCGUUGGAUCACACUCUUCACUACACUAUGCCCACACUUUGGGGAAAUUGAUUAAACCU